CGCUUUCCCGCCAUCUUCCCGCCCCCUUCCUCCCCCGGCAUCUAUAUGAUCUCCCCUCCCUCGGGCUCUCCCGUUGCUUUGUUCAUCGUCGUCUUCACCCAAUGGCUCCCCCUUCCUCCAGCAGGCGCCUCCCAUGGAGCUCCAACGACGACGGCGACAGCGGCGCCGGCGGCGAGCUGUCCCGGCCUCGCAGGCGGUGGCAGUCGGUUAUGCUGCAGGUGAGGGGAACGAGGAUGAAGACGACGACGGAGGGGUUGUUUGGGUUCAGAAGGAUCAUGGAGCCGGAGUUCAUGGGCAUGUUGCUUCCGGUAUUCGGGUCAAUGUUGCGGAGAGUGGUUUCAGAGGAGGUAGAGAAAGCAAUGUUCAGACAGUUCAGUGCCCCUGCAUCACCUCCAAGAUUACUAGUAGACUGGAAUCAGCGCCCGAGGUAUCAGCUUGCAUUCUUGAAUGGUCUGAAACCAGUUUACACAAUGACGAAAUUAGAACCAGACGACGAAACUGCAAUUAAGGUGGCCAUAGUUGAAAGGCAUGAGAACAACCGGACGAGCAUCGUUAGGUUUGGUCCUCUUUCUUCUGUUAGGGUUGAGGUGGUUGCCCUCCAUGGCCAUUUCAACGCUAAAAGUGAGGAAUGCUGGAGCCCAGAAGAGUUCAACAAGCAUAUAGUAUCCGGUCGAGAGAAGAGCGCGCAACUUCUCACGGGCAAUCUGACACUGAAGCUCAAUGGUGGGGAGGCUCUGCUUGAACAUGCAAUUUUCACUGACAACUCUAGCUUCACCAGCACCAAGAUGUUCAGACUGGGGUUGAGGCUUGUGAGUCCUUCUGGAGAGAGGGUUCUUGAAGGAGUCACUAAGCCUUUUCGCGUGAAGGAACGCAGGGUAGAAGGAUUUGAAAAGCACUACCCUCCGUUGCUGAAAGAUGAAGUAUGGCGUUUGAAAAAGAUUGGUAAAAUUGGUGCUUACCACCAGGCCUUGUUAGAUAAUGGAAUCGAUUCGGUGAAAAAGUUCUUACAGGCUUAUAUGAAGGAUGAACAGAAGCUUAUAAAGAUUUUCAACAAGAUGCCACAAUCAACAUGGAAAUCCAUCAUAGAGCAUGCCAUGACGUGCCAAUAUGGCGAUAGUCUUUAUCUUUACGAAGUUAAGGACAACGAUGCAGGUCUCUUCUUUGAUGAGAUCUAUCAGCUUGUUGGGGUGAAAUUUGGUGAUUAUUACAAGUCCAUUGAUCAGCUUGACCAAAUAGAGAAGAAUUUGGUGGACUCCCUGAAGCAAGCGGCCUAUCAGAAUAUAGAUGGCAUUCAGUCUAACUACAAGAUGGUGAACAAUUAUCCUGUACCCCACAGAUUUCCUGCUCAGGGCACUUCCCUGUUGAGUCCUGUUCUUCCAAAUCAGCAGAUACUGAAUUGUGGUCAACACAAUUCAUAUUUGGGAGAUGCUUCAACUAGUCAAGGAUUCAGGUCAACUUAUUCAAAAGAGAAAUUCAGCUCAUCCCUACAAUCGAGUAAUGUUCCUGUUGAUAUCUCUCGAUUUGUUCAAGGUCAACCUUCUAAUGAUGUGCAGAUGAUACAUGAACCAAUAACAAACAGAGAUGUACAAUACAGUUCAAGCCAAGGAACCAUAUUACCUGCACCAAGGAUUACUCAGCUACAGAUACCAAGCAAUGAAGUAACAUGUUUUGGUCUAGAUGCUAGUCCUUCUACUGUUGUUCCUAACGACAUUCUGGCCAGUCAGGUUGCUGCGAGAUUUAAUCAGAGCAGACAGAGCGAGGGAUCUCAUUUCUCUGAAGAAUCAUACAAUUUGCUUCCUGUCCAUAAUUUGUCAUCUACAGAUGUGGUCAUGUCUUUGAUGCAAUCUGAACUCCACCUCCCAAGCAACUGUGACAGUUUCAGCAACCAUUGGGACCAACGAUGCAACGAUGAAACAAUAAUGCAGCGACAACAAGUUUUUACUGGAUUUCAGACAUCAAGAACAAACAGCUUCGAUUCGAGCUCAUCUGAGGAUCUCUUACAGAGCUUUAUCUCUCAGAUUCCUAACAGUGAUGGGGCAGCGAUGCCACUUUCUCCACGCAAGUGGUUCAAGAUCAAGGUGGCAUUCAAGCUAGCAUCCAUGGGGAGGGUCUCCAGGGCCUUAAGAAGGGGUCCGCAUUGCCCCGCUCCAAGGCCAAGGCUUGUAAAAACAAUAUGAGCCUUCUAAGAAAUUUGAACAGAGGUUGUAAAAGAGCUAACUUCGGAUCAAAGAUCCAUGUGGAUGUUGCAUUCUAUGAUGAUGUUGAAGUGGAUGCUCUAGAGAAGUAUGUUAAACUGAUAGUAGAACUGAUUGUCAAACCACUAGGUACCUGUACUCUGUACAUAAAGGAGAUUGUACUUUACUUCUGUCAGUAAGUGUAGUUGCACAUUUCAAGUUUCUGUUGUCUAUGAAUUCAGGCCAAUGUAAAAAGCACAUGGUUCCUUCAA